GCAAGUUAUCUACCUACUUACUUACUGACUGGAAGUGUUAUCUGCUGCACCGGUCCAAAGUCCGUCUGUCAAACAUGUUUUGCCGAAAUAUUCUUCGCUUUAACUCUCUAAUAAAACCCGUAACUAGGGGUUCAGCGUGUGCUUCAAGGUUAUAUUCUUCAAGACCGGAAGUCGGUGAAAGCCCAGCUCUCACAGACUUUGGGACUAGGAAGAUUUUCUCCGAGGAACAUGACAUCUUCCGGCAGACUGUGAGGCGUUUCUUUCAAGAGGAAGUGGCCCCUAACCAUUCAAAAUGGGAGGAAGACGGACAAGUCAGCAGAGAGGUGUGGCAGAAGGCUGGUGAAAUGGGGAUUCUGGGAGUGAACACGAAGGAGGAACAUGGUGGACUGGGUGGGGACGUCUUGUCUACAGCCAUCACCUGGGAAGAACAAGCCUAUGUGAACUGCACAGGUCCAGGUUUUGCCCUACAUUCAGACAUCAUUAUGCCGUACAUCAGUCACUUUGGUACACAAGAACAAAUCGAGAAGUAUAUUCCAGCCAUGACAGCGGGAACAUGUAUCGGGGCCAUUGCCAUGACAGAGCCAGGGGCUGGCAGCGAUCUGCAGGGAAUUCGUACCAAUGCCAAACAAGAUGGAGAUGACUGGAUACUGAACGGCAGUAAGGUGUUCAUCACCAACGGCAUUAUGAGUGACCUCGUCAUUGUGGUCGCUAUAACCAACCCACAGGCCAAGUCAGCAGCCCACGGCAUCAGCCUUUUCCUGGUCGACAGCGGAACCAAGGGAUUCAACAAGGGAAGGAAACUGAAGAAAAUUGGCUUCAAGGCUCAGGACACCGCAGAGCUAUUCUUUGAAGAUGUCCGUCUACCAAAGUCAGCCUUGCUAGGAGAACCAAACAAGGGAUUCUAUUACCUUAUGCAAGAACUACCUCAAGAACGCCUUAUCAUUGCCGCAGUUGCACAGGCUUCCUGUGAAUGGAUGUUUGAGGAAACACGAGAGUAUGUAAAAAAUCGCAAGGCCUUUGGGAAAACCAUUUCAAAUCUGCAGACAAUCCAGCAUAAGCUAGCAGAGCUGAAGACGGAGAUUUGUGUGACUCGUGCGUUUGUGGACCGAUGUCUCGAGACUCACAAUGCAAAGGGGCUUGACUCUGAAGCUGCAUCCAUGGCCAAAUACUGGUGCUCGGAGGUACAGAACAAAGUGGCGUCAGAAUGCCUCCAGAUGCACGGGGGCUGGGGUUACAUGUGGGAGUAUCCCAUUGCACGUGCGUUCGUUGACUCCCGGCUUCAGAUGAUCUAUGGAGGCAGCAACGAGAUAAUGAAGGAGCUCAUUGCUAGAAAUAUCGUGAAGAAAUAGACAUUAGUGUUCACUUACGUCAUUUGUUUAAAGUCUAUAAUUAUAUACUGGAACUUAAUAUAUAAAAGACAUAUCCUUUCUGAAAUUUGUUCAGUUUUCAAUUGUUGUUGGGAGAAAUUGUAUGAAAAUGCAUGCGGAUAGAUGGCCCUGAGAUCAAUUUUCAAAUCUGAUUUGCCUACUAAGGACAUACAAUGCUUGAAAUAGUAUAGUUUAUUUACACAAUUUUCUGAACUAUCAAACAAAUGCAUGUUUACAACUGAUAAUUGCUCACUUUUGACUUUUUUGUCUUAAUUUGAUCGGAAAUGUACCAGAUUAUUUGAAGUAUUAAAUUAAAACAUUUGGUAUUCAGUAAACAUUAAUAAGAAGUAAGCAGGUGGCAUUUUUUACAUGCAUAAUUAUAUAAACACAAUAUUUUUUGUGCUUAAUUGUUCUGUGAUAUUUUGAAAUAAACAAGAAUUUGAUCUUC